GCUUCUUUGCUUCUUUGGAGCGCACGUGAAAGAUUGCUUACUCCUCUUCCACCUUACAAUGUUUGUAAGAAAGUCUGACGUUCUGGUUUCGGCUGAGAGCUCUGAGACCAACCUUGUAAAAGCAUGUGAGUGUGAAAUCGCCGUUAACGUCCAUGAUUGGUUGAACUCCUACCGAGGCAUCCUCAAUAUAACUAUCAUCCGUCUCCAACACCGACGUGCAUUUUACUUUCCUCCUCCCCUCAUACACCUUUUUCAUUCCUAUACCUCUCACUGCAUAAACCAGAAUUUUGAUCACAUAUUACAUUAAUAUAUUGCCAAAAUGUCAGCUGCACAAAAACGUCUUGGACAAGUUUCCGGCCAUUUGGCUGGAUCGCAGAGCACUAUUGCGCCCACAGAGGGUGAUAGUGGCCGCGCGAAGCUCUUGGAGAAGCAUCCGGAUGAUAUCGUCGUAACAGCUUGUCUCCGAACCGCAUUCACAAAGGGUGGCAAAGGAGGCUUCAAAGAUACAGCAGCAGCCGAUUUGCUCGUUGGCGCAUUCAAAUCUCUCAUUGAACGUUCGAAAAUCGACCCGGGGCUAGUAGAAGACAUAGUCGUUGGAUCGGUGCUUCCUCCUGGAGGUGGAGCUACUGAAUUCCGAGCUGCCGCUUUGGCUGCAGGAUUUCCUGUAUCUGCAGCAGUCAAGAGUUUGAAUAGACAAUGUUCAUCUGGUCUACAAGCAUGUGUGGAUAUCGCAAAUGCCAUCAAGUCCGGCAUGAUUGAUGUCGGUGUUGGAGCAGGUGUCGAAAGCAUGAGUUUGCAAUAUGGACCCGGCGCAGUAACAGAAUUUUCCGAACUCCUCGAGUCUCACCCAGAAUCUGCGAACUGCAAAGUGCCUAUGGGCGUUCUCUCCGAGAAUAUGGCCAAAGACAAGGGAAUUCCACGUUCCCUGCAAGACUCAUUUGCAGCUUCAUCAUACCAAAAAGCACUCAAGGCUCAAGAGGAGGGUCUUUUUGACGAGGAAAUUGCUCCUUUAACUGUCAAAUGGGAGGACCCAAAAACUGGCGAAAUAAAGGACAUCACUGUUGCCAAGGAUGAUGGUGUUCGACCGGGUAUCACCGCUGAGAGCUUAGGCAAAAUUAAGCCUGCUUUUGCAAAGGAUGGUAGUAUUCAUGCCGGAAAUGCUUCUCAAAUUUCAGAUGGAGCUGCCGCAGUUCUUUUGAUGAAGCGUUCCACAGCCGAGAAACUCGGUCAAACUAUCCUUGGUAAAUACGUUGCCGCAUCUAUCGCAGGUGUAGCUCCUUUACUUAUGGGUAUCGGCCCUUGGGCUGCUAUUCCAAAGGUAUUCGAGAAGACCGGGAUCAACAAAGAUGACGUAGAUAUCUUCGAAAUCAAUGAAGCAUUCGCAAGUCAAUGCCUUUGGUGCGCAAAUGAGUUAGGACUCGACCAGAAGAAGAUCAAUCCAAAGGGUGGUGCAAUUGCUUUUGGACAUCCUCUCGGAUGUACCGGAGCUAGACAGGUUAGCACAUUAUUGUAUGAGCUGAGAAGGACAAAUCAGAAAGUUGGCGUAACUAGUAUGUGUGUGGGUACUGGUAUGGGUAUGGCUGCUGUUUGGGUUGCCGAGUAAGGGUUUGAGUACAAUUAGGAUAAUGGCAUUUAGAGCAAGCAACAGUCUCGCGGAAAGGUUACGGCGCAUGGUUGUAUGAAUAUAGCAGAAGUCAUUAGAAGACACAAUGUAUCGAAUGAAUUUUAUUGAAAUGGACUUCAAUACAGACUAGUCUGAAACAGUUUCUCGAUGAUCGGUUGAGAGGCUCGUGUUGCUAUACAUCCUACAAAAUUUAACCUCGAGCCA